AUGUAUUAAAGAAGAGUCUUUAAACCUAUUAAAAUUAUGGUUAAACCUAAGAAAUUAGACAAUAACUUUUUUAAUGAAAUACUUUAUUUUUAAAGAAUAUUAUCACUUUUCUUAUUGCAAUUCUAAAGUAUCCAAAAAUCGAUCCAAUAAUAAUGCUUCUAUCUGCCAGAGUAAACUAAUUCUAUCCAUAACUUGAUAGUUUAAAAACAACUGUAAAUAAACAUUCAAAAAUGAUUUUAUCAAUCAAUUCUAAUAGGAUGUUUUGCCAUAUUUUGAAUCUAUUGCUAUAUUCGAAUAUUAAAGUGAAGCACAUGACAGAGGUUCAUAUUAUUUUAGCAAAGAGUCUGAUCAAUAUAUAGCAAAAAUAGGAAAUACUUUAUUGCAUUUGGUUUUGGAUUGUAUUAUUAACUCAAAAUUGA